AUGCACAAAAAACGGGUUUCCCUAUGGUUUCCUAUCUUUUGGAGGGCAGUAAUGCCACACAAAAGCGUGCGAUCAAUGAAUGCACUCAAUCUGGCAGCAUUUAACGGCCAUGAACAGGAGGUUCAGUUUCUACUUGCUAUUAAGAAGUACGAUAUCAACGCGGCAGACAAAACAAGAGGAAACCCAUUGAUGUGGGCCUCGCGGAACGGACACAACAAAAUUCACGGAGCCGAUGUCAACGCCCAUGGUGAAUACUACGGAAAUGCUCUCCAGGCAGCUUCUUCUGGAGGAUACGACACAAUCGUGCAGAUACUGCUAGAGCACGGAGCCGAUGUCAACGCCCAGGUCAGCGCUCAGGGUGGAUUCCACCGAAGUGCGCUUCAGGCAGCUUCUUCUAGAGGACACGACAACAUCGUGCAGAUGCUGCUAGAGCACGGAGCCGAUGUCAAAGCCCUGGAAAGUUACCACGGAAGUGCACUCCAGGCAGCCUCUUCCGGUGGACACCACAAAAUCGAGCAGAUGCUGCUGGAUCCCGGAGCCGAUCAAUCUGUACGCUAUCGCUCCCCUUUCAAAAAGCUGAAGAACUUUAUGAGUCGUAAGAAAUAUAGAGUCUAA